AUGCCCGCUUGGGAGGUGGUGCGGCUUCAGACAGCGGCCGUGAAGGAUCUGCCAGCUUCCAGCGCUCCAAGCCCGCGGGCUGGUCGCGAGAGCAGAGUGGCCGCCCCGGAAGUGACGUACUGCCCCGCUGGCGUUGCGGAAGUGGAGAUGGCGGAGCUUUACGUGAAGCCGGGCAACAAGGAACGAGGCUGGAACGACCCGCCGCAGUUCUCUUACGGGCUACAGACCCAGACUGGUGGACCCAAGCGCACGCCGCUCACUAAGAGGGUCGCCGCCCCCCAGGAUGGAUCCCCUAGAGUUGCUACCUCAGAGACUUCUGGGCCCCCUCCAAUGGGGCCUCCACCUCCUUCAAGUAAGGCUCCUAGGCUCCCACCUGUAGGGAGCUGCCCUGCCUCCAGUGUGGAACCCAUGGAUUUCCCAGUCAUUGAAUCUGAGGCUUUGAUAGAGGAUGUGCUAAGACCUUUGGAACAAGCAUUGGAGGAUUGCCGUGGCCAUACAAGGAAACAGGUAUGUGAUGACAUCAGCAGACGACUGGCAUUGCUUCAAGAACAAUGGGCCGGAGGAAAGUUGUCAACUCCUGUAAAGAAGAGGAUGGCACUACUGGUGCAAGAGCUUUCAAGCCAUCAGUGGGAUGCAGCAGAUGACAUCCACCGCUCACUCAUGGUUGACCAUGUGACUGAGGUCAGUCAGUGGAUGGUGGGAGUUAAAAGAUUAAUUGCAGAAAAAAGGAGUCUGUCUUCAGAGGAAGAGACAAAUGAAGAGAAAUCUGAAGGAGCAGCUGAGGACCAGACCAUUCUAGGCUUCCAAGAGGCUCUGUAAACCUGCAGAUUCCCCAGACUCACACCAUCUGCUAGGCCUUGGUGCGGGAGGUCUUCUCACUUGGCUCCCUUUUACCACCUGAGAGAAUGUCCCAUUGGGCCUGGGCUAUAAGGAAGUCACUUGUAACUACAACAUGCACUUCAAUAAAAACUGUCUCAGUGGUGGGCACUGGGAAGGAA